AUGGCUACUUCGGCUACCACGACGUUAAUGACAUUUCUUGUACGGACUCCUCCUUCAACCCGGUCCGUCCGCCUGUUUGGCUCAUGGGACAACUUUGCAAAGGGCUACCCCAUGGAAAAGGACUCGCGUACCGGCAGAGGCCAUUGGAGAGGAUGCCACACCUUCACCAACAUUAUCUGCGAUGGCCACGGGAAUCCGAUCUAUCCGGGUCGAGAUGGUGGCCUGAAGAUGGGCGGGACUUACUGGUACUACUAUGUCCUUGACGGUGACUUGGAUUUUUAUAAUGAGUCUGAAGCCUGGACAACAUCGUGUCCUUUGCUACCUGGACAGCCGCUCAACGUGCUUAACGUCCCUAUAUACCUACCUCCAUCAGUCAUUUCACAUGGCCGGAACGGGAGUGCAAGCUCCCAGCUGUCGGUUCCGCAGACCAUGAAUCCUGAUGACAAGUAUGUCAACCCAAGGCCACCACCGCGCCCUCAACUGCCCCGGCUGGUCACUUCUCCUGCUGCCCUGGCACCGCAGGAAGUUCGUGGGUCUCUCGCGUCUCCUGGGCCUCAAACGCAUGGCAGGAGCUUCUCUCAGCCCCGAGCCGCUAGUCGCAAGUUCAAGGUUGGCGGGAAACUAUCCCUAGACCUGAAACUCCCUAUGAGCAGCCUUGCUCCUAAGUCAUCUGGACUUCGUACUGCAUUCUUCAACCGUGUGUCUCCUCGCUCAGCCACCUACGAGACCUCGGAGAAGAACACGAAAGUGCCAGAGAUAUCCUUGACUAGAGACACUCCCGUGCUUGAGCAGAGUCAUCAAACCCCAACCAAGAAUUAUCAUCUUCGUUCAGAAUACCCAGGCACUUCUUCAUCCCUAGCUUCUCCGUGUGGUUCGCCUGCAGACCUCGUCAUUGACGACAGGUUUCCCGAGCAGGAGAAUACGAACUACCACCCGAAUAUAAAGACUAAUUGCCAUACCUUGGAUCCAUUAUACCAAACAGGGCAAUCCCAAGCCCGCUCCAGGUCCCGAAGUCCUGCUCAAACACCGCUGAGGAAUUCUGUCAAUUACGAUGUCAGCCCCAGCCAGAACACCACGGCUACUAACACUGCCACCACACAUCCUUCAACAGUGGAAGUACCAUGCAAGCUCGAUGUCCAUGAGCCUCUCUCUCCCAUUGACCUCUACUCCAAACGUCUUCCCACACUUCCCAACAGUCCCUCUUCCGUCUUGGAUGAAACAUUCAACUCCACAUGGACAUCCACACCUUCAUACCAACCCCUCGACCUUAACCACUUACAAAGCCACUUCUCCAAGUCCACCGUCGACUCCUCCUCUCCGAGUUUGACUCCCUCCCCUCAUGAAUCCCCUCUACUCCCAUGUGGAAGCCGUUUCUCCGACUGCAGCACCGACACCGAAAUAAUUUCCCCAUGCUCCAUGACAUCAUCGUCCACCUUGAACAACGACGGCAACUCUCCUGCAAACUACAGUUUCUCGGCAAGUACCUCGCUAGAAAGUAACUUGUCUGAUAUCUGUCAAGACUCUACGCACAACAACUAUCUGGACGCUUUCGGCCUGUCUAACCUGCAUAUCGGUCAAGACGAGACCAAGGAUGCAGAGCCUGCCUUCUCAUGGAUGACAUCUGAUCCCUUCAGCGACGAGAAGAUCAGUCUUUGUGGGAAAACCGAUGCAUCCUCAGCUACCAUCAGCGCCAAAACACAGGGCUACAGCUCCAACAGUGACCAGGCCGAAGCUACCAUCAACAGCAUGAUGCAGGAGCUGAUUGACGAUAUGGGGUACCUCGGCGAUAUGAUUGAUGCGUAUCCCGAGCAGAUCUAA